AUGGAUUUAACAUCAUUCAACAAGCUACGAAUUGAUAUCAUUACAAGUACUUCACUUGAUCAAUUGCAACAGAUCCAACAAGACUUCCAAAAUCUCAUCGAUUCACAAGCACCAGGUACUAGUUUCACAAAGAAGUUGGAAACCGAAAAUGUCAACUCAAUACAUAGACUCAUACAGUCUAAACAAAAUCAACUAAGCAAAGUGAAUUUCAAGUUUGUAGGAGAGCCUCAACCUCCUACACCGAUCAAUAAAUCCAACCGUGAUUCCAACGUAUUUUCCGAUCUCAAGUACAAUUCCACAAGUGUGCUUGAUACAGAUUACAAAUGCGAAGCAGAUCACAUCUACAUAUCGAAGUUUUCCAAUAGUGUUGUUUCACUCGAAUCAAAGUCCAUAAGUCUACAAAGUGGACAAAAUUCAGUUUGCUAUUUGCAUUCAUCCGGCCCUGUAUUUGUCCAUGACGCUGUCAACUGCAUCCUUAUAAUCUCUUGUCAUCAGGCGAGGCUUCACAAACUACGAAACUCUUUGGUCAUUGUCCAAAAUAGAGAGAAGAGAAAGCCGAUAAUAAUUGAAAACUGCUCAAACUUGAUGAUUAACGACGUUGAUAUUGAUGAUUUCAAUCAUCCUAGUAAACUGACAAAGAGUCCCAACUAUAAAGUCCUACAAAGUGAAGUAUUGGCAAAUAUUCAACAGCAGAUACAUCAUGUCAAUUUGUCCAACUUGGAACCUACCAUUUCUUCAAUUCUACACAGUGUGAAAACCUAUAAUAUAUAG